CACGCGAGAUCACGUGGUAUCGGCAAAGUCAAGCGAGAUCACGGAAUCAACACGGAGCUCCCGUCGCUCGGACGGAACACGACGACAUUAAAGCGCUAAUCCGCGUUGAUUGUGGCGGGGGUGAAGAUGAACAGCGUCGGCGAGGGCUGCACGGAGCUCAAGCGCGAGUAUGACCAGUGUUUUAACCGCUGGUUCGCCGAGAAGUUCCUGAAGGGAGACCGGAGCGCGGAUCCGUGCAGCGAGUUAUUCCGCAAAUACCACACGUGUGUGCAGAAAGCCAUCAAGGAGAAGGACAUCCCUGUAGAAGGAGUGGAGUUCAUGGGCCCUAACAGAGAGAAACCUGACAGCUGAUGCCUGCUUGUGUGUUCUAGAUGGACUUGGAUGGAUGUGGUCAUCUUCUGAGACAUGGACUGUAGUACUGGACACUUACUGUUGAGACGAACACUGGACAUCCAGUGCUCUGAUUGUUCAUUCAUCAUUAUUAGAAGGAUUGUUUGGCAUGUUUGAGUUUCAUAACAUGCAGGAGAAUGCAUUGUGCAUGUGUGCAUUAAAAAGAGACUGUGUUUGGGUUGCCAGGUGCAGCGGGUUUCUGCAGAAACUUGUUUCUGCCAUCAAAUAAAAAUUAAAAAGGUAGAUGCAAUGAUUUAUUUCACAUUUUUUUUGACAAUAUGACUUUUCUCAGAACUUUACAUUUUACUUUAUUCCUUUUAAGUCCAUCUCAAAAUUAACAUUUGAAAAAUUAACUAAUAAUGCAGAGUCUCCCUCAGAAUUGCAAAUGACAAAAUAGUUGAGUAGGCAUUUAUAAUGUUUUUUUACCACCACAGAAUAAAAUGUAUGUGUGUGUGUAUAUACAUGCAUAUAUAAUAUAUAUAUUAUAUGUAUAUAUAUAUAUAUAUAUAUAUAUAUAUAUAUAUUAUAUAUGUAUGUAUAUACACACACACACACCCAAAUCUGACUUUAUUUCUUUUAAUUCUACGUUUAUUUAAUUUUUUUACAGUAUAUCUCAUAUUUACAUAGUUUCCCCCCUUAUAAUAAAGCAUAAAGUAAGAAUUGUGAGAAAUAAACACAAUUCUAACAUUAUUCUUGCCAUUGCUUAAUUUUAUUCCCUCAAGUCCUUUUCAAAAUAACAAAAAUGUUCCUCUGAAUUCUGAGUUAAAAUUUCACUUUUUUUCCGUAAAGUAUUAGCAUAUUUUUACCUCACAAUUUACACCCCCCCCCCCCCAAGAAUAACGAGCUUAUAUUUCGCAAUUGAAAGUUUUAACUAAUAAUUAUGUUUUUUUUCCUCCCUUAAAAUGUCCAAUGACAAAAUAGUAUAAUUUUUUUUCUACGACCACAGAAUUAAAAAAUAAAAAUAUAUACAUAAUUCUGAUUUUAUUUCUUUGAAUUCUGUAUACACAUAUUUAAUAUAUCUCAAAAUUACUUUGUUUUUUCCCCCUCAUAAUAAAGAAUAAAGUCAGAAUUAUUAGAAAUAAACGCAGUUAAAACAUUCUCAAAAAAUAAAUGUUUUUUUUGAUUCCGUGGUGGAAGCAAGCUUCCGUAGUUUCCUGCGAGCCUCAGAACAGGUUUGUUCAUGUAGAACAGUGUGCCAGUGGGUGAUUUGUUUUUAUUUUCAUUAUUUUUCAUUGCAAGCCAACAAUAAGAACAAACGUUUUGCUGCAUUAAAACACCUUUUACAAACGAA